CUGUGUGUGUCUUUGACAUUGAUUUGUAUAAAAAUAUUACGAUUAUCUUUUUCCUCGUGCAAGUCGUGUAUUUUGUCCAUUUGUUUUGUCAUCGUAGUAUCACCAAUUGAAUUUGUUGCUUUGACAUUAUUUCGUCAAUAUGACUACAGCAGCCAGACCUACUUUUGAUCCUGCCAGAGGGGGUACAGGUCGUGGGGAAAAAGAUCUAAGUGCUAUAUCACGUCAAUACUCCAGCAGAGAUUUGCCAGGCCACACAAAGCUUAAAUACAGAGAGCAAGGUCAAGGCACAACUGAUGAGCUGCGUUCCCGCGAUUUUCGCAAGGAGUUGGACGACCGAGAGAAAGACGGCAAAGCCCCUAGUGCUCGCAGACUAAAUGAACCACCAGUUAAGCGCCCCAAAAUUGAUCAGGUUCCCGCAGCCAGCUUGGAUGCUGAUGAUCCCUUAGAGGGUGAUUCAUCAGACUCUGAUGACUCUGAUGAUGAUACUGCAGCAUUAUUGGCAGAGCUGAACAAAAUAAAAAAAGAGAGAGCAUUAGAACAGGCUAAAAAGGAAGCUGAGCGGAAACAGGAGGAAGAAAGAAUCCGCAUGGAGAAUAUUUUGUCUGGAAAUCCAUUAUUAAACUACUCUGCAGCGGGCCAAAAGAAUGACUUGAAGGUAAAGAGACGAUGGGAUGAUGAUGUCGUGUUUAAAAACUGUGCGCGUUCGGAACCUGAGAAGAAACCCAAUACUUUUAUUAAUGACUCAUUGAGAUCAGAGUUCCACAAAAAGUUCAUGGAGAAGUAUGUUAAGUAAAAAAAUAACUCUGUAGUUGUAAAUGUAAUUAAUUAAUGAUAUGAUAAGCAAUAAAGAAUGAUUGAACUACCUAAAA